AUGCAGACAAACUGUAACCCCAUGGAUCUAAGCAGCGUGUCAGGAUUUGAAGACGACUCGGCACUCAAUGGUGGCGAAGGAACUGACAUGAAAGACAUGCGGCUGGAAGCCGAGGCGGUCGUCAGCGACGUUCUCUUCGCUGUCAAUCGCAUGUUGGUCUCCACAAGCCUGCGCUGUGCCGACGACGUGGCCUACAUCAACGUGGAGACGAGGGAGGGGAGCACGUACUGCCUGGAGCUCACGGAGGCGGGGCUAAGGGUGGUUGGUUACGCGUUUGACCAGGUAGAUGACUGUUUGCAGACCCCCUACCAUGAAACCGUCUACUCCUUGCUAGACACGCUCAGCCCCGCCUACCGGGAAGCCUUUGGGAAUGCGCUCCUUCAGAGACUGGAGGCUCUGCAGAGGGAUGGACAGUCCUGA